AUGGCGGACCCGCCGCGCGGCGUCAGCAAGGCGCUCGCCAGAGAAGGAGAAGACGAGCGCGCGCAUCUUCAUUCUCCCGUCUCGCCUCGCUCUGUAUCUCCCUUUGUCUCAUCCAGAUAUCGCCCUCCGAUUAGACGUGAGACGAGUGAGGAGCGAGCGCCCCCUCGUGGCGUGCAUUCGCCUGCGUCUUUUCCUCAAAGCUCACGCGCGGCUAAAGACUUCCCCAUGGAGCGAGGGGUUCGUUCUUUGCCGUUGCCGUUUUCCUCUGCAUCUUCGUCCCCGCCCCCGCCUGCGCUCUCACCCGCGCCUCUGUUGAGGCCGCCUUCGCCUGCGGGCGCGUCGCCCCGCCGCCGCUUCGCGCGGGCCUUGAGUGGCUUCCCCUCUCACGUUUUGCCGUGGUUUCCGUUCUCGGUAUUCACCGCGCCUGGUCAGCAUCGGCCUGCGCCGAGAUCGCUGGCGGGGUCGCGGGCGACGACGGCGGCGAUGGCGGACGCGGCAGCGCGCGCCGUCCAGCCAGCGCAGGAUGAGGCUGUGGAUAAGCCAAAGGACGUGCUCUACGUGUUCCAGCGGGGCGAAUUCCUGCAAGCCCUCCUUCACACGCUUGCGGGCGUCUCCGGUGCCUCGCUCGCGAUGAUUCUCGUCUACCCCCUCGACUUUCUGCGGACUGAGCAAAGCGUGAAGGGCAUCGGCUGCGGCACGCUCAGAGACGAGGCGAUGCAAAUCAUCAAGAAAAAAGGAUGGCGCGGCAUGUACCGCGGCCUCAGAAGCGCCCUCUACGGCGUCGUUGUCAGCUGGGGCGUCUAUUUCUUCGUCUACUCCUACGCAAAAGCGUACCUACAGAAGCGAGGCUUCAAGCCCUCCGGUCUUUCCAACAUGCUUCUCGCCAUCGUGGCUGGCCUCUGCUCGACCGUGGCGAGUAACCCGUUGUGGGUCGCGAACACUCGCAUAAAGCUCGACCCCCCCGGGCGCACCACAGAUAUCUGGCGCAUGCUGGCUCGGAUUUUGAAGCGCGAGGGCUUUCGCGGCUGGUUCGCGGGGCUGCUACCGGCUCUCGUGCUUGUCGCCAACCCGGCGAUCCAGUUCGUCCUUUACGAUUUCUUGAAAGAGUCUCUCACGGCGCUCAAGAACAUGCAGGCCAAACUUCGCGCUGCGGAGGCUUCGCGGGCCACGCGCUCACCUAACCCCGCUGUGACUUCGCCGUUUCAGUCCUCGUCUUUCUCGUCGCCGCUCGCUGCCAUGUCCUCCGCCGCAGCGCUGCGAUUUCCAGCGGCUCAUCCUCGAGGCCUUGGCUGCGCGGCCUCGGCUGAUGAGGCGCAACUGAACGCCGCCGGUGUGCGGCUUUGCUCAACCGCCUCGUCCGCCUCAGUCUCCUCGAGUCUCCCUGGCGGCGAGACUGUCGAAAUUACAGUCGCAGGUCGCGCGUCGAAAGCAAAAAAGACAAAGGCCGGCAAACAUGCGGUGACUGGUGGGGAAGCUUUUCUUAUUGGCAUGGUAGCCAAGCUCUGCGCGACGCUGGCGACGUAUCCUUAUCUCGUCGUGAAGACGCGGGCGCAAACCAAACUGCACAACGUCCACGACAAUUCAGCCUCCUUCCGCUGUCUCGUAACGAUUCUUGAGACGGAAGGCGUCUCGGGUCUGUUUGCGGGUCUGAAGCCGAAACUGCUGGCGACGCUUCUCUCUUCGGCAGUCAUGUUUUCUGUCUACGAGAAGCUUCUUCCGCAUGCGGAGCAGAGUCUCAAGUCUCUCUCCUUUUCGCCGCACUCCGCUUUCGCGAAAACGUUCUUUCCUCCACCUGCAGGGAGCGACCUGAGAGUGAUAAACGUCUCACCAGAUCGUUUAGUGCGCGUGAGUCAGUCUGUGACGCCUGGAGAGCAGACGAGCGGACGCUGA